GCAACUACAAUAAUAUAAAUGGCUGGUGAAGGAGGAAGGGACUGUACAGGCGAAAUCAAAAUGAACGUGUUGUUGUGUGAAUGUUAAAGAUGUUGAAUCGUUGUGUGUCUCUAGUCGGCUUUUGCGGUUUAAACAGGAUUGUGAGCGGACGCUGCGCUCGAGCAGUUACAGAAGGGGUUUCUCCGCAGAAGAGAAGCAAGAGUGAUGCAGUGAACGGACGUGAAGCGCAUAUGGUGUUAAAAUUCGCCAAACUCAGCGAGCACGCCACGACACCGAGCCGAGGAUCGAACCGAGCCGCGGGCUUCGACCUGUACAGUGCGUAUGAUUACAGCAUCAGGCCGAUGGACAAAGCUCUGGUGAAGACUGACAUCCAGAUUGCGAUUCCUCAGGGAUACUACGGCAGAGUAGCUCCUCGCUCUGGUCUUGCUGUGAAGAACUUCAUCGAUGUGGGUGCUGGUGUGGUUGAUGAAGACUACAGGGGGAAUCUGGGAGUUGUCCUGUUUAACUUUGGCAAAGAAACAUUUGAAGUGAAGAAAGGCGACCGCAUCGCUCAACUCAUCUGUGAGAGAAUCUGUUACCCUGAUCUGCUGGAGUUGCAGACACUGGAUGAGACUGAGCGAGGUGCAGGUGGAUUUGGCUCUACUGGGACUAAUUGACACUGCUGUUACAAUUUAUAACUGUUGCUUGUGUAUUAAAAGUAUAUAAUAAAGGUUUUUCUUUAAAUAGU